UCCAAUUUUGCAGAUUAGCAAGCAUAAAACUUGCUAGUUGUUUUAACAUAACGUUAAUACAAUUUGGUCAGCUGCUAGACUCCAAUCAGAAUGGAUGUGGGUUCAAAACUGGAGAGUCUGGAUUUAACUCCUGAAGAAAUGAAUCGCUUCAGCAAAGCUUUUAAAGAUGAGAAAUUCAGAGAAAUGCUGAUGGACUACGCCGAGGAAAUAUCAAACCCGGAGAACAAGAAAAGGUACGAGGACGAAAUAACAUUAAUGGAACAGGAACGGGGCAUGGAUAUCAAAUUCGUCCAUCCUAAACCAGAACGGGUACUGAAGACAAGUUUGGACGGCAAACAAAAGUGCUUUAUAAACAUUUGCAGCAAUGACUUGAUAGGCAAACCUGAAUGCAGAGCUGAGAGGGGGGUAAAUGGCAGAGUUGGGCAGCAAUGGUCACUGCCGUACAGUUUGACCCCAGGAAGACCGGACAUUGACUCAAAAGGUAACAAAUAUAUGAUAUUCGAUGUUGUCUUUAAUCCAGACGCGCUUUACAUAGCCGGGAAAAAUGAUAGGUUCAUGAAACUCGUUGAAAGCACCGCGCUCCAGGGAAUCCAAGAUCGGUUUAAAGUUAAAAUAGACGAAAAGAACGUCAAGGUAUUAAAAAUUAAAUACAAAGGUGUGCCAAACCCAACUGUCAUCCGCAAACCGCUCCCUGGUCAUCUUGAUAAAGAAAAAUACGCAGAACCCCCUCAGAACGACCCCCUGAUGACAAAAACCAGAGCCAAACUGGGCAAAAAUCUAGCUGACCUCGGAUAUAAAACAAAGCCCACUGAACCACACUACACUGUGAAGUACAGAUCAUAUAUUGAUUUGCAAGACUACAGGUGUUCCAGAGAUUCUGCGCCAGACCCACGUCCCAAAGAAAUUGUCAUCACCAUUGAUUUGCCUCUGCUAAACUCUGCUGCGAAGGCUGAUCUGAAUGUGACUGCAAAAUGUAUUGUUUUGGAAUCCCUGAAACCUGCUUACAGGCUGGAGCUGCCAUUAGCUUAUCCUGUGGAUGAAAAUAAAGGAGGGGCCAAAUUCAAUAAAGUUAAGAAGCAACUGACUAUUACUUUGCCCGUUUUGGCAGUAAAGAACCCAAUGCAGAUUGAAGCUAACAGUCAGCACCUUGUUAGCGAUGAGGUUAGGGAAGAGAACAGCAGAGAUGAGGACGAUAACAUAACUCAGUCAGAAGAUAUUGAAGGUCGUCAAGUACCUGCAUCUGAACUUUCAGAACAACCUGAACUGGAUAGGUCAAUAGCGACCUCUUCUGCUACAAACACUCAGUCACUUGGUCCUGAGAAGGAGCAACCAGUUAUCUCUGCUGAAAACAACAGCAAUGGGUUUGAACUGACAGAAUGUGCUAUUGAGGAAGAGACAAGUUGUUUGAGGAGCGGUGAAUCAGGCUGCCAUACCAAUACUUUGGUCUGCCAUUGCAAAGAAGCACUCCCCAGUGCUAGACACACCGACGCAGCAGUUGAUUGUGAGGAGAAUUUCAAUGAAGAGGAGGAAAAUGACAUCUCUCAUCAAUCUCCGGAUAACGUAGAGGAUGAAAAAUCAAAAGCCGCAUCUGCCGUCCCAUCCGAUCUAGGGUCUGGUGUGCAAACCGGGACCUGUUCCCAUGAGGUUGAGCUCAGGCCAGGGCCUUGUUCAGUACCAUGGUCAACAUCAGCCCAGGAGCAGCCAUCCCAGUGCUCUCUGCCCCUGGGUGAAGUCACCGGAGAUCAAGGGGGCGAAGUUCUGAGGGAGAUCAAAGAAAGCCAGCUUAGCCCAUCUGGAGGUUUGAGCCCUGCAGGAGAAGGUGGAGAUUGUACGGAGCCUGAGAAAUUCAGCAGAGCUGCAUGUGAGGCAGGGAAUGAGAGGGCUGAGCUGGAUGAGGAUGAUCUUGACUUGGACAGUGAGCCCCUUCCCGUUGCACUGAGAGAGGUCAAUGGUGACGAUGUAAGAGACAGGGUCAUUAGUGACCAUGCCACCUCCGCUGCCUUCACCUUCCAGAACGUUCUGUUGUAUGAGCUGGACUGACACUACUCUAAAGCUCUUGUGGAGAUGUAGCUACAUUUGUGUAGCAACAUCAUUUGCAGCCCUAUUUGCAACAAUCGUUUCGAUUUUGAUUCCAAAAAUUACUUUACACAGGUAUAUCAGAUGUAUGUCUGUAUUGAUGGCAAUUUGUCACGUAAAGCAAUCUCCAUAUAUCAGAUAUCAAAAUAUGUGAGAAUUAUAUAUAGGACAUUCGUUUUUAGCUUAAGCUUGGUGUUAAAAGGCAUAGAGUUAUAAAACAUAAAUUGGUUUGCCAUUACUCAGCUCACUGUUAACUUUUUUCUGGAUGUUCAGACUGGGUCCUCUGGGUGCUGAUUGUUCACAGCAGUCAUUAGCUUUGUGACUGCAAAGUUUUUGCUCUUAUUCUUGGAUGCUAGUUUUGUAACUACAGCUUGGUGCAAGGGAUAAUGUCCCAGAAGUCUCAGAGAAUUCCAUGCAGACAGGUCCGCACAAGCCACGAAGACACCCUUCUGGUCCGUGUCUUUAGGGCAACGUUUUUAUUCUGCGUUUAGACCUGAGAAAAAGCCUGUGCAUUAAGGAAGAUUUUCCUCUGCAGUGCUGGAAGAGUCUCUGCCUUGAAGCACAGGAGUGCAGAUUUAAUGGGCUCUUGCAGCAUAGGUUUCGAUGCACCGUGCCUUAUGUGUGUG